AGAUAUUAAAGAAUAAAAAAGAUUACUACUGAGUACGAUUUCAUCCACAACUUUUGAGUAUGUAAUCAGAGAAAAAGUAACAUCCACUAUAACCAAGUUAGCCUAUAAAUAGAUGGUCUAGUAGCUCAUUUUUAUUCACCGCAGAAGCAAGAAUUCUAAUCCUAAAACUUGAUCACAACAUCACAUUCAAUCCCUAGAGUCUGCUUGUUUUUUUUUAUCAAGAAGCUUCACAAAGAAAGAAAAAAAGUCCUUCACACUUCCCAAAAGCUAAAAUUACAAAUACUCUACCUAACAAGCAAUGGAUGCUGUGAACAAAUUAGUGGAACAGAAGCCUUUGGUAAUCUUCACCAAGAGUUCUUGCUGCAUAAGCCACUCAGUAAUGCAACUCAUAAGCGGUUAUGGAGCAAACACAACAAUAUAUGAGCUAGACAACAUGUCCAAUGGGCAAGAAGUUGAAAAAGCACUCCAAAGACUAGGGCUAAGGCCAAGUGUUCCAGCUAUUUUCAUAGGCCAGAAGUUAGUUGGUGGAGCUAAUGAGAUUAUUAGCCUGCAAGUUCAAGGAAGACUUGUGCCAAUGCUGAAGGAGGCAGGAGCUUUAUGGGUUUAGAAUAAACUAGUUUAUGUGUAGCAAGAAAACUAUAAUAUCAAAAUUUUCAGAUGUUCAACUUAAAAGGAUCUAGAUUCUUCAUUUUGAUUCCCUUUCAUCUACAUUUUUCUGAAUAGGAGGGAAGGGUGUUUUACUUUUCAUACAUAACUACUAGUGUAAGCAGCAGCCUACAUUUUGUUGUGUAAAUAAAUUUCGAGUAAUUGAAGUAUCAAUUCCCAUAAACACUUGUAUAACCCCCAGAAUUAUGUAUUAUCUAGUGUGAUUUUAGUUAUUUAUAAAUUCAUCAUAAAGACAUAAAUAUGAUCAAAUUCAGUCGUCAUACAAAAUUACAGACCAGUAGAGCAGUAAUACCUGAUCAAGUUUGGAGCAAAAGUCUAUACAAGGACAUAGCUGUAUAAAAUUAAAG